AUGGAUCCCUUCGCAAAGUUCCCAACCGAAAUUAUUUGUCAAAUUCUCGAUUCUUGUUGCGACUUCACCAGCUUGGACGGUCUUCAACAAAUAUCUCCCAAAGUGAAGGAAGCUUUCAACGGCUGUUUCAAAAACAUCACCGAAAACGUCCUGAGAAAUUGCUCCCUCACCUCGCACGGGCUUCAUUACUAUUUCACGCUCUUAGCCUCUAUUCUAUCGACAUCAUUUACUCCGCAAGCCCUGCUAGAAGAGCUCACUAGCUCACCAGCGGAUGUUACACGACCUAUUUCCCUUUCCACCACCCACUCACUAGCCGCGGUCCAUCAGACUGUAAAUACAGCAGCGAAAAUACAUCUCACUGCCUGUGCCUGUCUUCAGCGUUUCAUCAGUCGUCUGGAGUCCGCAGAGCCCCGCCGUCCUAUGGCUUCCGAUGCCAAUGUUAUAGAUUGGGUGAAUAGAAGACUUCCACCACCGAAAGGUGGCGAGCUUAUCAAAUUCGAUAUUGAUCUACCAUCAUGGAUCGAGACUUAUCGGACGCAUCGAGGUCUCUGGAAACUUGAGCUCUUCCACCAGAUCUAUAAUGCUGCAACAAACCAUUGGCUAUGGUCUACGUAUGAUCUGGACGGCUUCAUUGAACAAUAUCUAGAAUGGUGUCGGAAUCCGGGGGGAAUAGAAGAGCUCCAGACAAUUUCGGAGUGCGUGGUCGAUCUAUGUCCCUCCAAACCAACAAUUCUCAGCUAUCGGGCUUCAUAUUUAGUUACCAUUCCGCCACCAACCGAUUUGGCGGUACAGACAUGCUGGCCUCUGCCAAAUAUUCAAAUUACACAAGUUGAUUCGACAUGGCGUCGGAGUCCGAGGUUUGCGAAGGGCAGAAAUGCCGUGCUUGGUUCUUUCAAUGCCCUUCGUGGCGGUGAAAAAGGCCGCAGUUAUCACGCUCUCUGGAAAGUGGAUUUCAAAGCAUUUCGACGACUUGGUAUACCUCUUUGGGACAUGUGGCGAUUGUACCAAAUGAGACUCAUGGCCCAACCUCGCAGUGUGCUUUCUCCACGGGGGAACUUGGUUGGCGGAGAAUCAGAGCAAACUGAAUGGCCCCCUUGGAUUGAAGCCUACGUAUGGUUUAGUCUAUCAGAGGAGGGUGAUGUGAUUGUACAGCUUACAAAAUGA